UUCACAUUCGAAUCAAUCUCGCUCGCUCUCUCGCGGGGAGCGCCGUGACUUUUUUGUAGUCGCCGCAAACUCAUCGACCGUUCCGAUCGAGUCGCGGCUGUUGCGUCCCGAAACAAAGGAUUCGCAUCAAAAUCAUGUAAUUUGUGACGCAAAGCUCGCAUAGAAUACAGUCUAGUGUUCCAACAGUCCUUAAAAAGCAGGUUUGGGGCAGUAAAAAGUCUUCCCAUCAUCGGAACGGGGCGUACGAUAUCAAUAUCGACCUAGUGCGCUAGUGUUUAUGUUUAGUAAAGUGGGUAUCUUUCGGUGUUUGUUUUGCAAACAGUGAGAUAAAAGUAUCACCGGUCAGUUGUUCGGUUAUGUAGUGUUGUUGUGGCGAAGAUGUCAGUGAGGAUGUGGGUGUUGUUGGCUUUGGUGGCACUGGCGGGCGCGGAGAAGCCCGCCGGGGAGUCUUUCCUGAGCGACAUCAGCCGGACGCUGCGCUCGGAGAUGGAUAACGUGCUGAAAAUGGCGGAUGUGGUCUACUCCCGGCCGGACAUCAACACGACGUAUGUGGCCAGCGUGGAGUUCGACAUGAGAGCCAUGGGGCCGCUGUACAACCACACGGGGCUCGUCAUCGACGUCAUCGCCAACAAGCAGGCCUACCCUGAAGGAAUCGUAUCAGUAUCUGACGGGCACCUUGACAUCGCGAGCCCUCAAGAGAAUUGGCGCGUGCUACUAGCACACUACGCGGGGCCUACAGCGUUCGUCGUGGUCGCUAUUCUACUAGCCGCCGCCCUGCCUCUCGCCGGGCUCUUCUGGUGCUGCUGUUACUGGUGCCGCUCCGGGCGCCGGCGGCGGACGUUCGACCGCAAGUACGACGCGUGCCUCAAGGGCCUGCUCGCUAUAGUGCUCAUCGGGUUGCUCACACUCUUCUUGUUCGGAGUAGUCUGCGCGUUCGCGACCGAUGAACAACUCGACCGAAGCGCGAGCGAGGCACCCAACGCCGUCCGGUCUGGCAUCAAGGACACCAAGGCUUACCUCAACGCAACACAAGCUCACGUGCGGUGGCUUCUAGUCAACAACUACGCUGAACUGGAGAAGACGCUGGACAACCUGCUCACAAAUAGCGGCACGACGGUGUCAAGAAAACUGGGGGAGUUCUCACACGCGGUGUCGGUCACCACCUUGUACAACAUGGUGCAACAACUGGACACGGUGCAGGCUGAUCUGAAGAGUGUCCACAACAUCACGUCGAUGCUGCGGAACAAUGCUGAACUGCUCAAUUCUGGUCUGCGCAAAGUGAAGGCUCAACUGCUGCAGACACUGGCCAAGUGCGAGCAGCCGCAGUGCAUCCGUCUGCAGGAGAAAUACAAGAUCGGACAACUCGACACCGAGAUACAGUACAGCCGGAUGCCGGACGUCUCCGAUUUGCUGAAUAACGUGACGGAGCUCCUGGACAGUCAUAUUAAAGCGGAUGUCGAAGAAGGGCAGCAAGUGUUCGCCAACAUCCAGGCCGGCAUCCAGCGCUCUGUCGACGACCACAUUCCUAAUGUGAAGGAGGCUUUGGCUGAGACUGGACGCAAGCUCAAAUCCAUGGCGGACCGCGUGACGGCCCUCUCCAACAACGCGUCAGCGCGGAUACAGGAGCACAGCGCUGGUGUCGCCGACACCGUGCAGGAUUACUACGACGCGUACGGGCCCUACCGCCGCCACGCGGGCCGCGCGGCCGCCGCCUCACUGCUACUGAUCACGUGCCUGGUGGCUUGGGGGCUGGUGUGUGGAGUGUGCGGCAAGCGGCCUGACGUGUACGGCGCGAGCGACUGCUGCAAUAAGGGCGCCGGCUCCCGCUGUCUCUUGUGCGGAAUGGGCGUGAUGUUCAUAGUGGGAGGGGUUGUUUCCCUAGUCAUGGCGAUCUACUUCGUCGUCGGCGUCAGCUCGCAGCGUUUCCUCUGCGAUCCGCUCACAUAUCCUCAAGGCAACCGUAUGUUCGAAGAGAUAGACCGUUUUGUGGAUCUGGAGAACUUCAUGUUUAAUGAACGUCGCGAUCCUGACUUCAACCUGUCCAGGGUGCUUACUUACUGCCACAGGAACCAGAGUCUUAUGCAGACACUCCAGCUGUACCGCCUCGUGGACCUGGAGUCCCUCAAGCAGCAGGCGUCUCAAGCCGUCGACCGCAGAGCCGCCGCCCUGCGCCCCACCUUCCCCGGCCACGAGCGCCCCGUCACCAUCCUCAAGCCGCAAGCCAAACUCAAGCUGACACGCUUGGCUGAAUCAGGGCUGUCUGAUUUCGACUUCGACCGAAUACUUCAUGCUCUGGAAACCAACAUGACGAACUUGUCGCUGGACACGUUAGCGACGCAACUCGACGCGACGGCUAACUCGCUCGUCGACCGCUCCGGCUUCGUGCGAGUCUCCAUCGAGUUACGAGACGCGGCAGUGAUGUUGACGGCGUACCACACUAACAUCGUCACACCCAUGCUUGAACAUACCAGGCAAUUGAAUGUAACGGCGACUCGGCUGCGCGACGGGCUGCGAUUCAACCACUCCUCACUGAAGGAAGCUAUAGGCUACCUCAUACACGAGACCACACAGGCUGAGACCUUCCUGAACAGACAGGGGCUGGAUGUCAUACAAACUUUAAUCCAAGACUUCGCGAAGGUGGUCGCCCAAAGACUGAACGAAUACCUGGACAUGGUGAUCUACGCGGCCGAGCACGAGGUGGGCUACUGCGCGCCCAUGUCUAACGCCUUCAACGCUACAAGGGACGCGGCUUGCAAGAAAAUACUCAUGCCAGUGAACGGGUACUGGAUGGCGCUAGCAUGGUGCGUGGUGCUGCUGGUGCCGCUGAUGGUGGUGGCGCAGCGGCUUGCCAGACUAUACAAGCACGUCGACCCAUACCCCGGGCCGUUAGUCGAAGCCGAGUAUUUGUAUGACGCGUUCGCGGACCGCGAUAACGUACCCCUUGCCAACGCCUACAAGGCAGAGAAGCGCGCGGGACGCGACGCGCGGCGCGGGGGCGGGGGCGGGAGCGGCAGCGGGGGCGCGGCGCGGGAGGAGGCGCGCGGCGCCGCGCUGGCCGCGCCCCUCGACGCACACGCGCGCAGAUAUAAUGAUAUGGCGCCAAAGCACUGGGAAGAAGGCCCCCCCCGCUACCACGGGCCCACUGAGUACGAGCGGCCCCCUCCCUACUACUAUCCCGGACCAAACGAUAGACAGUAAACUGGCCCUCACGGAACUAGACGACGACCUACUGAAGUACUGAGGACGCUCCGCGCGGACCUGACGAAAAGGUUGUAACUACCAUGACUAGUGUAGAGAGAUUUCAACUCUAUGCGGUUCGCGCAAUACUCAAUUUGUUAGACCCGUUCUCGAGAUACGAUACGUACAGAGUAUUUUUCCAAUGUAAAGCCUUAACGAGAUUGUGUCGAUAUUAUUGCCAAUUUCGAUGAAUAUGACAUUAAUAUAAUGCAACUAUGACAUAUAAUUUAUAAGAAAUGCCCAAUGAUGGUAAAAUUCGAAAAAGCUAAUAAUAUCGAUAUUAAAAAUGGCAUUCCAUUUAGGUCUCCCUUAAGGGGAUGUUCCCAUAGUUAGUUGUUGCAAGAUCUUUGUCUUUAGGGUAAAUAAUGAGAUAGUAGUACCGUACCUUAAGUGAUGUCCGUACACAACAGUUAAACUUUUUAUUUAUGCUGACAAAGAGAAGCCAUUUGUUCUUUAAGCUAUUAGUUUAAUUUCUGUGUCAUAGAUGGCGUACCCUACUACGCACGGUAAGAUGCGUACAUGCAGCACCACCUAGUUUGUGUUGACAAAAUAGUGGUCAAUGUUUGUAUCGAUUUAGAUUCACUGUAGUGUCGAACGCGAUUAAUUAACAUUAUUUUACUUUUUUUUCCGACGUUUCGGCCAGGUUACACUGGCCGUGGUCACAGAAGACGUAUACGGAGUGUACAAAAUAUUGAUGCAACUCUAAAGUUUUUGCUGUUGUGUUAAGGACAAGUCUGCCAACAACUAUGUGAUGGUCAGAACUUUAAUUAUACAUUAGUGUUAACGAGUUGGUCCGUCUAGCCGGGGUCUCACAGUAACUGCCAUAAAUUGACUGUCAUUUAGUAUUUUUUACCGUUUGAGAAGGCUUUAAUUUAUAACGAAAUGCGCAUAACUUGAUAAUACUUUGUGGGUCAAUCUCAAGGCUAAGGUUUCAGAUGUCUUCAUACCAUCCCAGUUUAAUGCAAUUAUGAAUAAAUAUACAUAUUUUGUAUAGGUUUUGUGAUCACCAGACAAACAUGAAACAAUAUACGCUUUAGGUAAUCAUGCGUCAAAAAUAAAAACAUUGCAUAUGCUCCAGGGUGAAACUCAUUAUGUGGCUUUUCAAAAAUAUGACGGAAAACUUUAAUAUCUUUUACGGAAAACGAAUAUACCUGAAGACGUGAACCUUGACGCGCAUUCGUGUGGUAGUGUGUGAAAAAAAGUUGAAAGAAUACACGAGUACAUUAUUAUUUUUACUGGCCGUCCCAUGUAAUAAACAAACUUUAAACACUUUAAAAUUUAAAUAAGUAGGUACAUUACAGAAGAUUCUCGAUUUGUCAAGUUGUGCGUAUUCCGUCUUUGGCAAAAUUGCCGCACAAAUAUUGAGAAUUUUGAGUUAUUCUCGAAUAUGAAUUAAUUAUAAGUAAUCUAAUUUAAUCGCUACAAUCAUUUGUUACGAAAAAGACAAUAUUGCCAAACAUUGUAUUGUGAACGCACCGUAGCACCGCUUAUGUAUUGUAGUUAGUUUUAUUUUAAUUAGGAAAGUACUGUUCUAAACAGCGAGGAGCAAAAACAGGUAAACUUUGGAUAUAUAUUUCAUUCAAAGAAACUUUGUGUUUGUGUAAGCGGUGUAUCUGUGCUAGACUCCUAUUUAACCACGCAAAGUCUUAUAGCAAAAUCUCUGUAUCUGAUGAUGCCUUAGGGUUUGCCCACAUCUAUCGAGGCAAAAUCAAGCGAUAGAAAAAUGCUUCCAUAAAAAGAGCAAAAAAAGUUGUUUGCCGAUUGCGCGUCGGUGCAUGUGGAAAGACCCUAGAGAUGGUGUUUUGUGUGCCGAAUAGUAGUCUGAGAAGAGAUUCGAUGCAUUUAUUAAUAAGGUUAGUAUACACGGCCGUCGGCCGCUACUCAUUUAUUAUUGUAAGCUAGCGGCCACGACUGACGAAUCAUAGAGAAUUUAUGAAACUACACAUUAGUCACAUCACGAAUUUUAAUCUAUGGUCGUCGGUACGUCUGGUCAUCGUUCGAUGACUCUUUAUAGACAUACUUAUUUAGUUACAAUGUCUAUUCUACUACUGAAAUCAUACGGAUUUUGAGACUCCGAUGUUAUAACUAGAAAAGUUACUAAAUCCCUAAAAGUCGUCAGCGAUGGCUGUAAGUGGUAGCCCUAAGAAGUCUAGUGAGUUUGUAUCUUACAUUUAAAGAAUCUUAGAAUCCGCUCGUCUGUGGGCGAUAGGUCCUAUUUAGUUAAUUAUUUGGUGAUUAUCCAUUAUUAGUAAGUGAUUUUUUAAUUGUUGACUCGGUGCGAGAGAGUGCAAACUUUUAUUUAGGUGUAUUAAAUGUGUCAUAUUGUAUUCGUUAGUUAGGUUAGAGACGGUAAAAGAACUGCUAAACUCGAUAUGAAGUCUAUUGAAAAGUAUAAGUAAUCUAAAGAAUGUUGAAAUUGAAAGAAACGAUCCUCUUUACAACGGACAAAAUUAUUUGAUUAUAACGCCAUCUAGUGAAGAAACUUUGUAUGUUACGGGAACGUCGCUAAAGUCACGCCAUCUCUUGUACAUGUAGAAAACGUAUAGAGUGUAGCAGUCUGUUUGCUAGUCUCUGGUUAGGCGUAUGUAAUGCCAAAUAUGUCGGUGCGCCGCGGCUCGCCGCCACUUCCCUUCCCCUGCUCACUUUUCUGUAGCGGGACUUUUUCGUAUAAAUCAAAUUGUUUUUGGGUGCACUAUGUAAUUCCUGAGACGUCCGAAAGCUUUGUUACAAUUUCAUUUACUUAAGUGUGUUUCUGAUAUAUUUAUUUUAUAUUAUCUUAACCUAAAACGUCAAGCACACGCCAUCUUUAGCUUAGCAUAAUCACAGUAUAAUAAAGAGUACCUAGGUACGGUAUGGUCACUCUCUGCUUCCCGCUGAAAGUGUCGCUCACCCGCUCUCGAUUACCUCACAGUAACCGCCUGUCAAAAACGCGACCAGUUGACCUUUCUUAUCUCACUCACACAAGCAUGGUACACGAGCUUAGACUGUGCGUAGAAUGCGUUUCUUUCGUAUAUUUGAUCGCGAUUGUCCGAGGUGUAGCAUAAGUUGUUCUGGACAACGUAUGCCAUAGCACUUAAAGCGUUCUAGAAUUGAUAUGUUCUUGGCGUUGAAAAGGGUUUAAGACAGUUUAUUUCAAGAUUGAUUUUUAUAUUUUUUUGUUUGAUCUCAACACGAGUCUCUAUUUUAUUUUUAUUCACUCAGAUUUAUAUAAUUUGUUUUUUUUUUUCACGGGAAUAAUCUUAGUAACUGAAAUUAUAAAAAAAAAUGUUUUCGGACAGAUCUGGAAAACGUGUUCCCUACUUUUACCAAUUUACUGCUCAAUUCUCCGUGUUUUAUAAAUUAAAAUGUCGGUGCUAAAACUGCAUCAAGUUUAGGUUCAAAAUAGAGCCUUUUUGGUUCAUUGUACAUGUACGUCACAAGUAGACUAAGAUAGCGUAUGGAACUGCGUUUUGUAUGAAGUAAGUAACAGUUAAAAUUUAUUGUAAUCGUCAAUUUUGUCUAUAAAUAUAUCGAAUGACGAGUUUCGCGAGCUAAGGAAAUUUCCAUUAAUUAAAAUGAAAUUUUCGUAGUUUUGCAAAUACAAGAACUGUACCACAUUUUAAGGUAAUAAACUUAGCAUCACGCUUGAACCUGCAUUUUUCUAACCAUAUUUUGUUCUACUUUUAAUAUAAGAUCCUAAUGGGUAACACCAUAGAUGAAAUAUAUGAAGAUUAUACUAAAAAUGCCUUAUUGCCAUCUACAAGUAUAAUCGAUGGCAACUAGGCUUUUUUUAGUGGCGCCAUCUACUUUUUGUACAUCCUUAGGCGGUCGCAUUUUGUGUAUGGGAUGGUAUAAUCUUCUGUAUUUAAUCUAUGAUAACACCUAGUUUGACUGACUACACUUUGAUAUCGAGAUCUAAAUAAGUCAAUAGAAGAAUUAUCAAUUCAAAACAGCAAAGGAAAUAGAAAUGAUUUUAAGCAACAGCUAAAAAGUCGUAUUAUUUAGGUCAUUUUUUUUAUAAAGAGCUUGUUAGCCGCUCAAGUCCCUACAAAAUAAAGUGAUAAGAUUAUUGCCAAAAUACCACUUGUGUUCAUGUUUCAUACACUGCCGUAUAAUGUUGUUCCCACACUGGCUAUCAUAAAUGUUAUAUAACAUUGUAACAAGUUAUAUAACAUGUAUAACAGCCAGUUGUUUUAAGCACCAUAAGCUAAGCAUGCCAGGUUUAUUAUCCAUAAUGUGGUACAGUCUGGGCCUAUUGGUGUAA